CCUAACCCAAUAUACAGUUAAAGUAGAAUUUCAACGACAAGACAACCCUCUCUCACAAAACCAAAAAAACUCUUGCUCUGUUUUCUUCUGCCUUUACUAUGAGUUCAGAUUCGAUUAGAGAACGAGGUGCAUCUGCCGUGGUAGAACGGAAAUUUCAAUAUAGACAACUUUUAUUUUUGGCAUACCAAAGUUUAGGCUUUUUGUUUGGUGACUUGAGCUUAUCCCCUCUAUAUGUCUAUCAAAGUAUAUUUUCCGGAAGACUGAAACAUGUCCUGAAUGAGGAUGCAAUAUUUGGCGCAUUUUCUCUCAUCUUUUGGACUCUUUCGAUUAUUUCUUUGUUGAAGUAUGCACUUAUUAUGUUAAGUGCAGAUGAUAAUGGCGAAGGUGGAGUUGUUGCUUUGUAUUCACAGCUUUGCAGAAGUGCAAAAUUAUGUUUGCUUCCUAAUCAUCAAGCAUCCGAUGAGGAGCUUUCUACGUAUCGGAAGCCUGGCUCCUCAAAUGGAAGUACACCAUCCUCGCCUUUGAAAAGAUUCAUUGAGAAACACAAGAAUACAAAGAUGGCUUUGCUUAUUUUUGUUUUACUAGGUGCUUGCAUGGCAAUUUGUGUUGGUGCACUCAUGCCUGCCAUUUCUGUUCUUUCAUCCGUUGAAGGCUUGAAAAUUGAAGCAAAGAUUACAAAUAAAAGUAUGGUGUCUUGUAUUUCUUGUGUUCUACUGAUUGGACUCUUUGUCAUGCAACAUCGGGGCUCCUACAAGGUUGCAUUCGUGUUUCCUCCUGUAAUCAUCCUAUGGCUAGUAACUAUUUUCAUGAUUGGCAUUUACAAUAUCAUCAAGUGGAACCCAAGAGUAUAUCAGGCUCUUUCUCCAUAUUAUGUAUACAAGUUCUUUAUGCUUACAGGAAAAGAUGGUUGGACUAACCUUGGAGGAGUAUUUCUAUGCGUUACAGGGACUGAAGCUAUGUUUGCAGACCUUGGUUACUACAGACAAACACCUGUAAGGGUUACAUUUUGUUGUAUCAUUUACCCAUGUCUAGUUCUUCAAUACAUGGGGCAGGCGGCCUUCCUUUCCAAGAAUCUAUCUGCAGUACCUAUAAGCUUUUAUGCUUCUAUUCCAGGUCAGUUAAUGUAAAUACUAAGAAUAGAAUAUCCCAAAUCGGCCUUCUCUUGGAAUUCUAGAAGAUUGUGGAUUGAAGUUAUUUGCCUUUAGACAACUGAAAAAUGAGUGACUUGGCCACUUACAUUGUUUCAAAUGUUUCUGAACGUUCCUAGCAGUAGUACAUUGAACUGGUGAUAAACUGGGGUUCUUAGAAUGAUCAAGUAUGUUCUAAUUUCUUUCUUUGUAAUAUGUGAAAUUUGAAGUAUUAUCUUUUUGUUCCCUGUCAUUAGUUGUCCAUAUGAACUUAUAACAGCACUACCAUUUGACCUGGUUCUUGGCCGAUUUACGUGGAAUAUCUGAGUGAUAACUCUCACAAAGUAGAUUUAGACUUUAGCUUAACCCUACAAAAUCAACUUGGAAUAUAAGAUUUGUAUCUACUUAUAUGCUAUAAUUUG